UGUGAAGAAGACAUCUGGUGAGUGUGAGACACCCAGCAGCCAUCCCCGUGUGUCAGGAGGACUGAGCAGGUCCCAGAGCCCCAUCACGGUGCCUCCACCUCACUCACUGAUACAUGUGACACAGUGACCAGAAGAUCCAGGAACUCACCAACAAGAUCAUUCAGGUGCUGAUUGGAGAGGACGGGCAGUAUAUAGAGGAACACAUGGGUCUGUACAAGGACAUGAUGAUGGAGAAUCACCGGCCCCUCACAUCACUAGGUAAGAGGAGACUGUCAUGUAUUGUACAGGGGAGAGCAGAUGGGCCCAGUAACAGAGAUACCCCAGAGAGAUGUCCCCGUCCUCUGUAUUCCCAGGAGGAUCAGGAUGAAUGUCUCACUGACAUUAUGAUAGAAGAUACAGAGGGAGAAGAAGAGACGUAUGUGACUGAUAUAAAGGCAGAAGAUAUAGAGGGAGAAAAAGAGACGUAUGUGACUGAUAUAAAGGCAGAAGAUAUAGAGGGAGAAGAAGAGACGUAUGUGACUGAUAUAAAGGCAGAAGAUACAGAGGGAGAAGAAGACACGUAUGUGACUGAUAUAAAGGCAGAAGAUUCAGAGGGAGAAGAAGACACGUAUGUGACUGAUAUAAAGGCAGAAGAUAUAGAGGGAGAAGAAGAGACGUAUGUGACUGAUAUAAAGGCAGAAGAUAUAGAGGGAGAAGAAGAGACGUAUGUGACUGAUAUAAAGGCAGAAGAUAUAGAGGGAGAAGAAGAGACGUAUGUGAGGGGUGAUCAGCAGUGUAAGGAGGAGGAGAUCCCUACAGAUAUCAGCAAAGCAGAUGGACACACAAGCAGGAAUAUCACAGAAGGACAUCUAAUGUUAUCCCCGGAUUGUGACAUAAAUGAUAAUGACAGUAGACAGGAUUCUCCAGGAGAUAACCCCAUUACCCCAAUUAUACAUCCAGCUCUAUCAGCUGAUCCCUCUGAUCCUGGGAAAUGUUCUCCUGAUCACUCUGAUAUUGGUGCAUCUGUUACAGCUCUGACAGUAGAUAUGGAGUUUCCCUGUUCUAUAGAUGCCAAAUGUUUUAUACAGAACACAAAGCUUAUUAUCCAUCAGCCAGCUAAGGCAGGUAAGAGGCCAUUUCCAUGUUCUGAGUGUGAGAAAUGUUUUACACAGAAAUCAGAUCUUGUUAAACAUCAGAGAAGUCACACCGGUGAGAGGCCAUUUUCUUGCUCUGAGUGUGCGAAGUGUUUUAUCCAGAAAUCACAUCUUGUUAUACAUCAGAGAAGUCACACAGGUGAGAGGCCAUUUCCAUGUUCUGAGUGUGGGAAAUGUUUUAUCCAGAAAUCACAUCUUGUUAUACAUAACAGAAGUCACACAGGUGAGAACCCAUUUUCUUGCUCUGAGUGUGCGAAGUGUUUUAUCCAGAAAUCACAUCUUGUUAUACAUCAGAGAAGUCACACAGGUGAGAGGCCAUUUCCAUGUUCUGAGUGUGGGAAAUGUUUUGCACGGAAAUCACAUCUUGUUGCACGUCAGCAAAGUCACAAAGAUGAGAAGCCAUUUCCAUGUUCUGAGUGUGGGAAAUGUUUUACACGGAUAUCACAUCUUGUUACACAUCAGAGAAGUCACACAGGUGAGAAACCAUUUUCUUGCUCCGAGUGCGGGAAAUGUUUUACACAGAAAUCACAUCUUGUUAAGCAUCAGCGAAGUCACACAGGUGAGAAUACAUUUCCAUGUUCUGAGUGUGGGAAAUGUUUUACACAUAAAUCACAUCUUGUUACACAUCAGAGAAGUCACACAGGUGAGAAACCGUUUUCUUGCUCCGAGUGCGGGAAAUGUUUUACACAGAAAUCACAUCUUGUUAAUCAUCAGCGAAGUCACACAGGUGAGAAUACAUUUCCAUGUUCUGAGUGUGGGAAAUGUUUUACACAGAAAUCAGAUCUUAUUAAACAUCAGAAAACUCACACAGGUGAGAAGCCAUUUCCAUGUUCUGAGUGUGGGAAAUGUUUUGCACGCAAAGCAGAUCUUGUUAAACAUCAGAGAACUCACACAGGUGAGAAGCCAUUUUCUUGCUCUGAAUGCGGGAAAUGUUUUACACAGAAAUCAAAUCUUGUUAAACAUCAGCGAAGUCACACAGGUGAGAAUCCAUUUCCAUGUUCUGAGUGUGGAAAAUGUUUUGCAUACAAAUCAGAUCUUGUUAAACAUCAGAGAAGUCACACAGGUGAGAAGCCAUUUUCUUGCUCUGAGUGUGGGAAAUGUUUUACCUGGAAAUCACAACUUUAUACACAUCUUCGAAGUCACACAGGUGAGAAGCCAUUUCCAUACUCUGAGAAGUAAAUCAGCUCUUGUAGACAUCAGUCAGGUGAGAAACCAUUUUAAUCUUCUGGGGUAUACUUAUUGCCAUAUGAUGUUCUUCAAGAUUCUUAUCCUAUCUCCUAUGCUUUUUGCAAUAUACAUGCUACCGCAUGGUGAAAUAAUCAGACGUCAUGUACUCAUCUACCACUGCUAUGAAGAUGAUCUGUCUUUUGCUCAGGGUACUGAGAACCCAGUACCAAUCCUAAAUGGUUGUCUAGUUGAGCUCCAGGUGUGGGUGAUGCCAGUUGGCUGUGACUCAGUCCUGGUGAAACAGGUCUAUCAUAAGAUAGAAGCUCACCAACAAAGGGCAGGGCUACAGUUCAGCUUUGCAAAC